AAAGCGUGGCUUCUCAAUUUGUCUUGGACUGAGUACAAUUUCAAUACCCCAAUUUGUCAGAAAAAUCACGAAAUCAAACUCAAACAAAAAAAUGUGCGUAGAACAAAGAAAAACCCUAAUACCUAGUUCUGGAAACACAAUUGACGGAAAAACUAUUACCCCUCAGUUUACGACCGCCGGGAGCCCCUCUACCUUGUCGACGGUUCUAUUCAUUAAAUCGCGGCUUCUCGUCGGGAGCAAUGAUGCCGAAAAUCAUC